GCUAGCUCGGACCAUAUUGCAGCGGUUCACUUCACGCAGCGCGAGCGCCAACACUGUGCGGUUUGCCAUGGACAGCUACAGCAGACGUGGCCCCGUGUUCAGGAAAUUCCAGCGGCUGCGGAACCACCAGACCAAAGAGAUCGAAAUCGACCGGCUGUUCAACGAGACAUACGACGAACAACAGUCGACACAAUGCACGCCGAAGGCAUGCCUGGGGAGCCUGAUGGCCAUGCCUGGUCGGAGUACCACAGCACCGAGAUCGCCGGAGGAGCUUCUCAAACACGCCAAGGACUUCCUGGACCAGUACUUCACAUCCAUAAGAAGGCACAACAGCCAGGCGCACCUGUCACGCUGGGAGCAGGUUCAGCGGGAGGUGGCGACCACGGGCACCUACCAACUCACCGAGACGGAGCUCGUCUACGGCGCCAAGCUGGCCUGGAGGAACUCCGUCAGGUGCAUUGGUCGCAUCCAGUGGUCCAAGCUGCAGGUGUUCGACUGUCGCUACGUGACAACGACCAGUGGAAUGUUUGAAGCACUCUGCAAUCACAUAAAAUACAGCACCAACAAGGGAAAUAUACGGUCUGCAAUCACGGUGUUCCCGCAGCGCACGGACGGAAAGCACGACUACAAAGUAUGGAAUGCCCAACUGAUCAGCUACGCCGGCUACAAGAACCCAGACGGCAGCAUCACGGGAGAUCCCAACAACGUCGAGUUUACCGAGCUGUGUCUGAAGCUGGGCUGGAAGAGCGCGCGCACGAAGUUCGACAUCCUGCCGCUGGUGCUGUCGGCCAACGGACACGACCCGGACUGCUUCGACAUCCCGCCAGAGCUGGUGAUGCGCAUCCCGCUCAGCCACCCCACGUACGAGUGGUUCGAGAAGUUGGGCCUGGAGUGGUACGUGCUGCCCGCCGUAUCCAACAUGCUGUUCGACUGUGGAGGCCUCGAGUUUACGGGCGCGCCCUUCAACGGCUGGUACAUGAGCAGCGAGAUCGGCUGUCGCAACCUGUGCGACACACACCGCUACAACAUGCUGGAGACAUUCGCGGUGAAGAUGGGCCUUGAUACCCGGACUCCGGUGACGCUGUGGAAGGACAAGGCGCUGGUCGAGGCCAACGUCGCCGUUCUGCACAGCUUCCAGGUGAGGGGCGUGACGAUCGUGGAUCACCACACGGCCUCCGAGAGCUUCAUGAAGCACUACGAGAACGAGAUGCGGCUACGCAACGGCUGCCCCGCCGACUGGAUUUGGAUCGUGCCGCCAAUCUCUGGCUCGGUGUGCCCCGUCUUCCACCAGGAGAUGGCGCUCUACAUGCUCAAGCCCUCCUACGAGUAUCAGGAGCCAGCAUGGAAGUCGCAUGUGUGGAAGAAAGGACGGGAUUCUGGAAAGUGUCGCAAACCAAGACGCAAGUUCCACUUCAAGCAGAUUGCCAGAGCCGUCAAGUUUACGUCGAAGCUGUUUGGACGUGCGCUGUCUCGCCGUAUCAAGGCCACAGUGCUGUACGCCACAGAGACUGGGAAAUCGGAGAUGUAUGCCAAGAAACUGGGAGAGAUUUUCGGGCACGCCUUCAACGCACAGGUUUACUGCAUGGCCGACUACGACAUGAGCAGCAUCGAGCACGAGGCGCUGCUGCUGGUGGUCACCUCGACUUUUGGCAACGGCGAUCCGCCCGAGAACGGAGAGAUGUUCGCACAGAACCUGUACGCUAUGAAAAUGGACGAGGAGUCUACGGACGGCUCCAACAAAUUCACCAUGGCGAGCUCCAAGUCGUUCAUCAAGGCCAACAGCCAGACGGAGCUGGCCGGCCUACAGGUGGACCGCAAGCUGGACCGCCUGGACUCUCUGCGCGGCUCCGUCAGCGACAUCAUGUCCGAGGACACGUUCGGCCCGCUCAGCAACGUCAGGUUUGCUGUGUUUGCCUUAGGCUCAAGUGCAUAUCCAAAUUUCUGCGCAUUUGGGAAGUAUGUUGAUAACUUACUUGGUGAACUUGGAGGAGAACGUCUGCUGAAAUUGUCCCACGGAGACGAGCUUUGUGGCCAAGAACAGGCAUUCAGAAAAUGGGCAUCAGAUGUAUUCGGUCUUGCCUGUGAGACAUUCUGUCUUGAUGAUGAUGAAACAUUCCUGGAAGCCACACAAGCUUUGAGGGCACCAACUUUAUCAUCUGCUACAGUGAGAUUUGUUGAAUCAAAACAAGCAGAUUUAGCAAAAGCACUCUCAAAAUGUCACAACAAGAAAGUAUCUGGAUGUACUCUUGUAAGGAAAAUUAAUCUUCAUGGAAACGAUGCCAGCCGUGCAACAAUGCUUCUCCAGUUAGGAUGUGAGCUAGCUUACCAACCAGGAGAUCAUGUUGGGGUUUUCCCUUGCAAUAGGCGUGAGCUUGUUGAUGGUAUUUUAGCACGCCUUCAGUCUAGUUUUGACCCCGACCAGCCAAUUGAACUACAAAUGUUGAAGGAGACACAUACUUCAAAUGGUGUUCUCAAAAACUGGGAACCUCAUGAACGCCUCCCACCGUGUUCCCUGAGGACACUUUUCACACGAUUUUUGGAUAUCACUACACCACCAACACCAGAUUUGUUGCAGCAUUUUGCUUCCAUAGCCAGUGAUCCAGAGGACAAGAGACGUUUGAACCUUCUUGCCACUGAACCAGCAGCUUAUGAAGACUGGAGGCAUUGGAGGUUUCCUCACCUUUUGGAGGUCUUAGAAGAGUUUCCAUCUGUGCGGCCUUCUGCUGCUUUGUUAGUAGCACAGUUGACACCUCUGCAGCCACGGUUCUAUAGUAUAUCGUCGUCACCUAGUGUUUAUCAGAAGCAAAUACACAUCACAGUUGCUGUUGUUGUCUACAGAACCCAAGAUGGUGAUGGUCCACUGCACUAUGGCGUGUGUUCAAAUUUCUUGAGAGAUGCUGAAGAAAAUGAUCAAAUUUAUUUAUUUGUAAGAAGUGCACCCAACUUCUACCUUCCUACGGACGUCAAACGACCAGUUAUAAUGGUGGGUCCUGGCACAGGAAUUGCACCUUUCAGGGGAUUCUGGCAGCACCGGAUGGCCCAGUUACAAGCUUCACAACAAGGCACUGAUGGUUUUGGCAAAAUGUGGUUGUUCUUUGGCUGCCGACAACGAGCUCUUGAUCUGUAUCAUGAUGAAAAAGCAGCAAUGCUGGAAGAAAAAGUGUUGGACAAAGUAUUCCUUGCCCUUUCUCGUGAAGCUGAUAUACCUAAGACAUACGUUCAAGAUUUAAUACGCAAAGAAGCUGCUUCAGUGUACAAGAAACUGGUGGAGGAAGAUGGCCAUUUUUAUGUAUGUGGAGACUGUACAAUGGCUGAACAUGUGUAUCAAAUGCUGAAGUUAAUAAUACAGGAACAUGGGUCUAUGACAGAUGCAGAUGUUGAGAGCUACAUGCUUAAAAUGAGGGAUGAAAACCGAUAUCAUGAGGACAUUUUUGGAAUUACAUUGCGUACAGCAGAAGUACACAACAGGUCAAGAGAGACAGCAAGGAUUCGAAUGGCAUCUCAACCAUAGCACAUAUAAGCUGUACACCAUGGGUGUCACAAAUGCAGCAUAUAUCCUACAUGGUGCCUAUUUAUAUUUUAAUGAAAUAUUAAUUAAAUACAGUGGCACAUAUAUAAAUACUGUUCCUUAAAGAUUUUAAUUAUAGUAAAUUAUAAAAUGCAUUUAUAUGCAGAAAUAUCUCAUAUUUUUUCUGGAAAUAUGUACUGUUUAUGAAAUAUAUAAAAAGCCUAGAUCUUUAGUGUUAGAUGCUACACACAGUGUAAAGAAUUUAUAAUUUCUUUAUUUAUUUAACUUAUACUAUAUUUUUACAUGGUGUUGGGAAGUACUGGAACAAAUGUUCGCUUCCUGUUAUAACAAAAAAUGAAUAAACAAAUUUUCUUAAGUUAGCAAUAAA